AUGGAAUUCUCUGACAGCAAGCAGCUCCAGGUGCUCCAGGGCUUUCUGUUUCUGCUGAUUUACUUGGUGUCCCUCAUGGGGAACCUUCUCAUCAUCAUGCUUGUCACUGUGGACCAGUGUCUUCACACCCCCAUGUACUUCUUCCUGAAGAACUUGUCCUUUGUCGAUGUGUGCCUCAUUUCAGUCACAGUCCCAAAACUCAUUCUCAGCUCUUUGUCUCACAGGAGCACUACCUCUUUCCCAGGAUGUGUGUGUCAGGUCUUCUUUGUGGUUUUCUUUAUUGAAACUGAAAUUUCCAUCCUCACAGCCAUGUCAUACAACCACUAUGUGGCCAUCUGUUACCUGCUACACUAUGAUGCCAUCAUGGACAGGACAGUCUGUGUGAAGAUGGUAGCUGCCUCUUGGCUAUUUGGAAUUGUCUUUGGGUUCCUAUAUUCAUAUGGUACGUUCUCUUUAUCUUUCUGUAGCUCAGAACACUGCCACAGUUCUUGUGAUGUGCCCUCUCUACUGAAGAUUUCCUGCUCAAUGAUGCAUGCCGACAUUGACAUUAGUGUCAACGCUGGAGUCCUGUAUGGAUUUCUCUGUUCAGUAUCCAUAGGGUUUUCAUAUGUUUACAUUUUAAACACAGUCCUGAGAAUGCCCUUGUCACAAGGAAGGUCAAAAAUUUUCUCUACCUGCAUUCCCCAUCUCAUAGUCAUACAAGAUUUUUAG